GACUUGUGACGUAGGGCUAGCUGUCUGGCGCUUGCGGGAAGUUUAAGCGAGCGCUCUGUGACUGUCCCGCGAAAAGUGGAAGUGUUGGGCGACAUGUCAGACUCCGGAAGUUUCGCUGCAUCUCGUUCACGGCGGGAAAAAACAGAAAAGUCGGGCCGCAAGGAAGCCUUGGAACGCUUGAAAAGAGCAAAGGCUGGUGAAAAAGUCAGAUAUGAGGUGGAGCAAGUGUCCAGCAUUUAUGAAGAGGUUGAUGAAGCAGAAUACUCUAAGCUUGUCCGUGACCGUCAGGAUGAUGGUUGAUAGUAGAUGAUGAUGGGACUGGCUACGUAGAAGAUGGAAGAGAGAUUUUUGAUGAUGACUUAGAAGACAAUGCCCUUGCUGAUUCAGGUAAAGGCGCUAAGGGAGCACCCAAAGACUAAACGAAUGUAAAAAAGUCAUCGGUGUCCAAGCCAAAUAAUAUCAAGUCCAUGUUUAUGGCCAGUGCUGUGAAAAAGACAACAGAUAAAGCUGUGGAUUUGUCAAAAGAUGAUUUGCUUGGCGAUUUAUUGCAAGAUUUGAAGUCGCAGGCUGUUCCUAUAACACCACCACCAAUAAUUACACUAAAGAAGAAGAAACUUGCAGGAUCUCCUUUAAACCCUUUCUCAGUACCACCUACAGCCCCAAAGGUUUUAUCUGCAAGUGUGAAAAAAUUACCAGCUGUAACCAAGCCUGGGCAUCCUGCUGCACAAUCAAAGGCUUCUGUACCCCGGCAAAUAAAGAAAGAGCCUAAGGCUGAGUUGAUUUCUUCUGCUGUUGGUCCUUUGAAAGUGGAAGCUCAAGUAAAAGAAGAGGAUUCGGGAAUGGUUGAGUUUGAUGAUGGAGAUUUUGAUGAGCCCAUGGAUGAAGACAAUGUGGAAAUAACUCCAGUUGAUUCUAGCACAAUCAAGACACAAGCACAAAGCAUUUAGUGUGUGAAAGAGGAAAAUAUUAAAGAGGAAGAAAGUUCAUUCAUAACUUCUACUACUUUAAAUGAGUCUUGUUGGGAUCAAAUUGAUGAGGCUGAACCAAUGACCACUGAAAUUCAGGUAGAUUCAAGCCACCUACCCUUGGUUACUGGUGCAGAUGGGAGUCAAGUUUUUAGGUUUUAUUGGCUAGAUGCCUAUGAAGACCAGUACAGUCAGCCAGGAGUAGUCUAUUUAUUUGGAAAAGUUUGGAUCGAGUCAGCUGAUGCAUAUGUCAGCUGCUGUGUUAGUGUGAAGAACAUUGAGAGGACCGUAUAUCUUCUACCUCGUGAAAAUAACUUCUACUACUUUAAAUGAGUCUUGUUGGGAUCAAAUUGAUGAGGCUGAACCAAUGACCACUGAAAUUCAGGUAGAUUCAAGCCACCUACCCUUGGUUACUGGUGCAGACGGGAGUCAAGUUUUUAGGUUUUAUUGGCUAGAUGCCUAUGAAGACCAGUACAGUCAGCCAGGAGUAGUCUAUUUAUUUGGAAAAGUUUGGAUCGAGUCAGCUGAUGCAUAUGUCAGCUGCUGUGUUAGUGUGAAGAACAUUGAGAGGACCGUAUAUCUUCUACCUCGUGAAAAUAGAGUGCAGCUUUCAACAGGAAAAGACACUGGAGUACCAGUUUCUAUGAUGCAUGUAUAUCAGGAGUUUAAUGAGGCUGUUGCAGAAAAAUACAAAAUCAUGAUGUUUAAAUCCAAGAAAGUUGAUAAGGAUUACGCUUUUGAAAUACCUGAUGUUCCAGCAAGCUCUGAAUAUCUGGAGGUUCGAUAUUCAGCGGACUCACCCCAACUUCCUCAGGAUCUAAAAGGAGAAACAUUUUCACAUGUUUUUGGAACAAAUACUUCAAGCUUGGAGCUUUUCUUGCUUAGCAGAAAAAUAAAAGGGCCCAGCUGGCUGGAGAUAAAAAGCCCACAACUGUCCAGUCAGCCCAUGAGCUGGUGCAAGGUUGAGGCAGUGGUGACGAGGCCUGACCAAGUGAGCGUUGUGAAGGAUCUCGCACCUCCUCCUGUCGUUGUUUUAUCUCUCAGUAUGAAGACCGUGCAGAAUGCAAAGACUCACCAAAAUGAGAUUGUGGCAAUAGCUGCUUUGGUUCAUCACACAUUUCCUCUUGAUAAGGCACCACCCCAGCCACCUUUCCAAACUCAUUUUUGCGUUCUGAGCAAACUUAAUGACUGCAUUUUCCCAUAUGACUACAAUGAAGCAGUGAAACAAAAGAAUGCCAAUAUUGAGAUUGCGUUAACUGAACGAACUCUACUUGGGUUUUUCCUAGCAAAAAUUCAUAAAAUUGAUCCAGAUGUUAUUGUAGGCCAUGACAUUUAUGGUUUUGAUCUUGAAGUGCUGCUUCAAAGGAUUAACUCAUGCAAGGUUCCAUUCUGGUCCAAAAUUGGGAGACUGAGAAGAUCUGUUAUGCCAAAACUUGGGGGUGGAAGUGGCUUUGCAGAAAGAAAUGCAGCUUGUGGACGCAUCAUUUGUGAUAUUGAGAUUUCUGCCAAGGAGUUAAUUCGCUGUAAAAGCUAUCAUUUGUCUGAAUUGGUACAUCAGAUACUGAAAGCAGAGAGAGUUGUAAUCCCACCUGAAAACAUCCGCAAUGCAUAUAAUGAUUCAGUACAUCUUCUGUACAUGCUGGAGAACACCUGGAUUGAUGCAAAAUUCAUCCUUCAGAUCAUGUGUGAGCUGAAUGUUCUUCCCCUGGCCUUACAAAUCACAAAUAUUGCAGGCAAUGUCAUGUCAAGGACAUUAAUGGGUGGACGCUCAGAAAGAAACGAGUACCUACUGCUUCACGCCUUCACAGAAAAUAACUUCAUAGUGCCAGACAAACCAGUGUUCAAGAAAAUGCAGCAGACCACUGUGGAGGACAAUGAUGAAAUGGGCACGGAUCAAAAUAAAAAUAAGAGUCGAAAGAAAGCUGCCUAUGCUGGAGGAUUGGUCCUGGAACCCAAAGUGGGUUUCUAUGACAAAUUCAUCUUGCUUCUCGAUUUCAACAGUUUGUACCCCUCCAUCAUUCAGGAAUACAAUAUCUGCUUUACUACAGUGCACAGAGAGGCUCCCUCAACACAGAAAUGCCAGCUGUUAUUUGAACAAUUUCUGGAUCUGGAGCAUCAACACUAAGAUGCCAAUUUGCUGACCUGAAUUUAUGCUGCAUGGGAGCAUCUGUAUCACCUAAAGGAGAGGUACUUUGGGAAAGAGAGAAGAACAAGAGAAGAAGAAGUAGAAGAAAAUCUGCAGAAAAGGAAUUCAAAUGGAUAAAAAAAGAAGACGAGAAGCAGAAGCCCAGAGGAGACCCCAACUGACACAAGAGCACAGAAGAGGUAUCGAGUGGACGACACAACUCCGCCGCCCUUCAAUAUCAACAACUAUCAGCUCAUAAAAAGCUGGG